GUAUGUUUAUGGCCUCUUCCGAGAUGACCCAGAGAUCCGGUACCAGACAAAACUGCUCACAAUUCCAACAGCAAUCAUCAAACCACAAACCAACUCCACACAACACAACACAACCUGAAACCUGAAAUCCACAAUGUGCCCCAACAACACUCCAACUGUUUCCCCUGCUACCAGCACAACGAGCAAGAACGUAUGGAAUCCACAACAAUGGCAAGCCAUGAUGGUCAAGUCCCGCCGCUCUGAGCUAGAUUUGCUUUCCUCGGAUGGCCCGGACGAACACACUCUCCGACACAUGAUGCAGUUUCCCCGAUCCCCUGACAUGGUCUUGCAACGAGAAGGCCCCAAUAAGACUCAUCAGUCUGCGCAAUGUAUGGUUGACGGAGUCUUCUUGCCCCCACCAGCACUGAGAAGGAGCAGCCAAUCUUUGUCAUCUUAGCUAGCCCAAGCAGGCCAGGGCAGCAAAAGGGAACAUGAAAGUCCUCCAUAUUCAUCUAGAUAAGCCACACAUUUUAACUGCAUAGUAUACAUAGA